CACAGUUAGUGAAGCGAGUCAAAGAGCUCAGAUUGUGUUCCUGCUGCACAAGAGCGUCUGUACUUCUGCAUGGUCAGCGGCUGAUGGUUUCCUCAAAGCUCUGCUAAUGUCUUCAUUGGUGUUUUAGCUGCAGUAUGGCAGAGGAGCGAGUAAAGGAUUCUCUCUCAGAGAAACACAGGUGAUGGUCAGCGGCUAAUUGUUUCCUCAAAGCUCUGCUAAUGUCUGCAUUGGUGUUUUAGCUGCAGUAUGGCAGAGGAGCGAGUAAAGGACUCUCUCUCAGAGAAACACAGGGUGAGAUCAGGAUCAUGUGUGUCCAGCUCUGUGUCUCUGAAGAGUGACUGUUCUAAAAGGGAUCCACUAUACUUCAGAGAGAAAACACCAUCAUCUGUCAAAAGUGAUGAAUAUGAGUUAGCAGAUUCAGGAGACGAGACUCACAGGAGACACAAGAGCUUCACAGACAAUCUCCAGUGGGUCUUUCAGAAUCUUGAGAGUAAAAUGAUCAGAUUUCUGAAGAAUGAACUGGAGAAAUUUAAGAAAAUCUUACAAGCAGAAAACAGACAAGAGUUUGUAAAGGACUUUAAUGAGAACAGAAGCAGAAUCACAGAAGCAGCUCUUGAUCUCACACUCUUCUUCCUGAGAGAGAUGAAGCAAGAUCAAGCUGCUGAUACUCUUGUAGAUGAGCUGUUCUUCAUCAAUCAGCUUAAAUGUAGCCUGAAGAAGAAAUAUCAAAGUGUGUUUGAAGGAAUUGCUCAGCAAGGAGACUCCACACUUCUGAAUAACAUCUACACAGAUCUCUAUAUCACUCAGGGUGCGAGUGAACAGGUCAACACUGAACAUGAGAUCAGACAGAUUGAAGCUGCUUCCAGACGUCAUCAGUCACUAGAGAUAGAGGUUGAAUGCAAACAUUUGUUUGAAGCAGCUGAACAAGACAAGCAGAUCAGAACUGUUCUGACAAAAGGAGUUGCUGGCAUCGGGAAAUCAGUCUCUGUGCAAAAGUUUGUUUUGGAUUGGGCUGAAGGAAAAGAAAAUCAAGACAUCAGAUUCAUAUUUCCUCUUCCAUUCAGAGAGAUGAACUUAAAGGAGAAAGAAAGACAAAGUUUAAAAGACCUCAUAACUCAGUUUUUCCCAGAGACUAAAGGACUGGACCUUACAAGAAGCACACGAUUCAAAGUCCUGUUCAUCCUUGAUGGAUUGGAUGAAUGUCGUCUUCCUCUGAACUUUGCUGGUAAUGAGACGUGUCGUGAUGUAUCUUCAGCAGUCUCUCUAGAUGUUCUCCUGACGAACCUCAUCAAGGGAAAUCUGCUUCCUUCUGCUCUCAUCUGGAUCACCAGCAGACCAGCAGCUGCCAGUAAGAUUCCUGCUGACUGUAUCGACCGGCUGACAGAGAUACGAGGAUUCAAUGAUGCCCAAAAGGAGGAGUACUUCAGAAAGAGACUCACAGAUCAGAAUCAGGCCAGAGAAAUCAUUGAUCACAUUAAACAGUCAAAGAGUCUCUUUAUUAUGUGCCACAUCCCAGUCUUCUGCUGGAUUUCAGCCACUGUUCUCCAGAACAUUCUGAAGGAGAAAAGAAAUACUGAACUGAAACACAGGGCUAAUGCUGAAACACUGCAGGAAUCUCCCAAGACUCUGACACAGAUGUACACACACUUUCUCCGCUUUCAGAUCCAGCAGAGCAGAAGAAAGUAUGAUGGAGAAAACACACCAGAUGUCUCCUGGGAUCCAAACCUCAUCCUUUCACUAGGGAAACUGGCCUUCCAGCAGCUGGAAAGAAACAAUGUGGUCUUCUAUGAGAGCGAUCUGAAAGACUGUGGCAUUGACGUCUAUAAGGCAUCGGUGUACUCAGGCAUGUGUACCCAGAUCUUUAAGGAGGAGACGGGGAUCAUUCUUGGUACCAUGUACUGCUUUCUUCACUUGAGCAUUCAGGAGUUCAUUGCAGCCCUUUAUCAACAUCUGUUUCUAGACAUCAACAAGAAACGAGCAGAAAAAAGCAAAAAUGUGUCCAUGAUUGAUUUGCUGAAGACUGCAGUGGACAAGGCUCUAGAAAGUGAGAAUGGACAUCUGGACCUUUACCUUCGCUUCCUUCUCGGUCUGUCAUUCCAGUCCAAUCGACAACUCUUACGAGGCCUGUUGACACAGCAGGAUGACAGAGACCAGAGCAAAGAGGAAAUAAUCGCAUACAUCAAGCAGAAACUUGAAGGAAAUCUGUCUCCAGAGAGAUCCAUCAAUCUGCUCUACUGUCUGAAUGAACUGAACGAUCAAACUUUGUUGAAAGAGAUUCAGUCUCACCUUAGUAGAGGAAGUCUGUCAUCUGCUGACCUUUCACCUGCCCAGUGGUCUGCUCUGGUCUUUGUGUUGUUGACCUCAGAGGAGGAGCUGGAGGAGUUUGAGCUUCAGAAAUUCCAGAGAUCAGACGAGUGUCUCAUCAGACUAUCAGAGGUCAUCAAAUCCUCCAAAAGAGCUCAGCUACAGAGCUGUAAUCUCACAGUUCAGUGCUGUGAGAGUUUGUCUUCCGCUCUACAAUCCUCAAACUGUGUCCUGAGAGAGCUGGAGCUGAGUAACAAUGACCUGCAGGAUUCAGGAGUGAAGCUUCUCUCUGAUGGACUGAAGAGUCCAAACUGUAAACUGGAGACACUGAGAUUGUCUGGCUGUAUGGUGACAGAGGAAGGCUGUGGUUUUCUGUCUUCAGCUCUGACUUCAAACCCCUCACACCUGAGAGAGCUGGAUCUGAGCUACAAUCAUCCAGGAGAUUCAGGAGUCAAGCUGCUCUCUGAACAACUGGAGGAUCCAAACUACACACUGGACAAACUCAAUCUGGAUCAUGGAGGAGAGAAGAGGAUUACAGCAGGACCAUGCAAAUAUGUCUGUUUCCUCACACUGGAUCCAAACACAGCACACACUGAACUUGUUCUGUCUGAGGAGAACAGAGAGGUGAAGAGUGUGUUAGAGAAUCAGCCGUAUCCUGAUCAUCCAGACAGAUUUGAUUAUUGGCCUCAGGUGUUGUGCAGAGAGAGUGUGUGUGGACGCUGUUACUGGGAGAUUGACUGGAGUGGAAAUUAUGUGGAAAUAUCAGUGUCAUAUAAGAGCAUCAGGAGGAAGGGACGAGGUGAUCAGUGUGUGUUUGGAUAUAAUGAUCAGUCCUGGAGUUUGAUCUGCUCUUCCUCCGGUUUCUCAUUCAUACACAAUCACACACACACUCGUCUCCCAGUGAAGCCGCUCAGCAGGAGAAUAGGAGUGUUUGUGGAUCACAGUGCAGGAACUCUGAUCUUCUACAACAUCUAUAGAGACACAAUGAGCCUCAUCCACUCAGUCCAGACCACAUUCACUGAGCCGCUCUGGCCUGGGUUUUGGCUCAGUUCUGGAUCAUCAGUGAAACUGAGCUGAACGCUGACGAGAUUUACCCACAAUCCUCUGCAGGAGCAGUCAGCUGUGUGUGUGCGUGUGUGUGUGUGUGUGAGUGAGAGAAUUGUAACUCCACAGCAGAUGUAACAGCAGCUCUCCUUCCUCCACAUUCCAGACAGCAUCCUUAUAACACCACUGUUGUUCAAAGGUUUCAGCAUCAUUUCUGCUCUUGUAAUACUUCAGAUCUAUUGUAAUUCUGGACCUAACGAACGCUUUAAAACUCUAAAUCUCUUGAGCAUGUUCAUCAUCUGUUCUGUUUCUUCUUGUGAUAAGUAGAGCAAGUUUUGCUGGAGCAACUAAACAGUGAAUGAACUGCCAGAACUGGAUUUUGAUUUUUGUGGCGUUUUGCGGAACAUUGUGGUCGGCGGAGCAGCCGCAUUGUGGAAACGCUACAAGACGCGCAAGCGUGGGAAGCGAGCCGGCGCGCUCGUCAGGCUAAGACAGCGCGGCUUCAGAACGGCGCUGCCCAGCAUUCACCUGGCGAAUCUCCGCUCUCUUCCUAACAAAAUGGACGAACUACUUCUGCUCACAUGCAA